AUGCAAUUCAAGAACGUCGCCCUAGCUGCCUCCGUCGCUGCCCUAUCUGCCACCGCCUCCGCUGAAGGUUACACUCCAGGUGAACCAUGGUCCACUUUGACUCCAACCGCCACCAUGUCCUGCGGUGCCACCCAAUACACUUCUACUUUCGGUAUUGCCGUUCAAGCUGUUUCUUCCGCCAAGGCCAAGAGAGACGUUAUCUCCCAAAUCGGUGACGGCCAAGUUCAAGCCACUACUGCUGCUUCCUCUGUUGCUGCCGCUCAAGUCACUGACGGUCAAAUUCAAGCAUCAACUACCGCUGCCACAACCAGUUCCGUGAAGUCCUCUUCCUCUGCUGCCUCUAAAUCCUCUUCCUCCGCUUCUUGCGCUGCUACUCCAUCUUUGAAGGACAGCUCUUGUAAGAACUCAGGUACUUUAGAAUUGGUCUUGAAGGACGGUGUCUUGACUGACGGUAAGGGCAGAAUCGGUUCCAUUGUUUCCAACAGACAAUUCCAAUUCGAUGGUCCACCACCACAAGCCGGUGCCAUCUACGCUGCCGGUUGGUCCAUCACCGAAGAUGGUUACUUAGCCUUAGGUGACAAGGACGUCUUCUACCAAUGUUUGUCCGGUAACUUCUACAACUUGUACGACGAAAACGUCGCCGAACAAUGUAGCGCCAUUCAUUUGGAAGCUGUUUCUUUGGUCGAUUGUUAA